GUCAUAAUCAUAUAACUUCAUAACUCAGAAACAAAGAAAAACAGGAUCUGAAUAUCUGAUCAACUACCAAAUAUAUAUAUAUACUAAACCAGGCUAAUAUAGCUAGGUUACGGUUAGGGCUUCAUCACCAGGGUUAUAGACUGGCCAAGUUCUAUUUUUGAGAAUAAUUCAGCAUGGCUGCAGCAGAAGAGAAAAAUACACUUUUCCCGAUCUUUAUUUUCUCCCUAUUGGCACUGCCUUUAGUUCCUUACACAAUAUUCGGGCUAUAUCAUUUAGUUACUAAGAAGGCUAGGAUUGCCAAGUGCCAAUGUUCAGUCUGCCUGCAGUCUGGAAAGUACCACAAGUCCAUAUUUAGGCGUAUAUCAAAUUUUUCUACAUACAGUAACUUGUCUAUUCUGAUGCUUUGGGUGAUAAUGGUGAUGUUGGCAUAUCACAUAAAAAGUAGCAGCCAUGAGGUUGAAAUUUUUGAGCCAUUCAGUAUUCUUGGAUUAGAAUAUGGAGCUACAGAUUCAGAAAUCAAGAAGGCAUAUAGGAGACUUUCCAUCCAGUACCACCCAGAUAAAAAUCCAGACCCAGAGGCCCACAAUUAUUUCGUGGAAUACAUAUCCAAGGCUUAUCAAGCUCUAACAGAUCCAGUAUCACGCGAAAACUUUGAAAAAUAUGGCCAUCCUGAUGGCAGGCAGGGGCUUCAAAUGGGUAUUGCCCUUCCUCAGUUUCUAUUAAACAUUGAUGGGAAGUCGGGCGCCGUAAAUUUACUUGGAAUUGUUGGGGUGUGCAUCAUUUUACCUUUGGUGAUUGCUGUGAUGUACUUAUCUAGAUCGGCCAAAUAUACUGGAAACUAUGUCUUGAAGCAUACAUUAUCUGCAUAUUUCUAUCUUAUGAAGCCCUCUUUGGCUCCAAGCAAGGUAAUGGAUGUUUUUAUAAAAGCUGCUGAAUACAUGGAAAUUCCAGUUCGUCGGAGUGAUGGAGAACCUCUUCAGAAACUGUUUAUCCUGGUCAGAAGUGAGUUGAAUUUGGACCUUAAGAAUAUCAAACAAGAACAAACGAAGUUUUGGAAGCAACAUCCGGCUCUAGUGAAGACAGAAUUGUUAGUUCAAGCCCAACUGACGCGUGAAACGGGAUGUCUAUCUCCAUCCCUUCAGCAUGAUUGUAGGCGUAUACUUGAGGUUGCACCUCGUCUUCUUGAAGAGUUAAUGAAGAUGGCGGUUUUACAGCGUCCUCCACAUGGACAUGGAUGGCUGAGGCCCGCAAUAGGGGUGGUUGAGCUCUCGCAGAGUAUAAUACAGGCAGUUCCACUGAGUGCACGGAAACCUACUGGUGGGUCAGUUGAAGGAAUUGCCCCUUUUUUGCAACUUCCACAUUUCAGUGAGGCUGUCCUAAAAAAACUUGCAAGGAAGAAAGUUCGUACUUUUGAAGAUUUUAGAGAUUUGAACCAACAGGAGCGUGCAGAUUUACUUACAAAAGUCGCCGGGUUCUCGCUAUCCCAAUCCCAAGACGUAGAAAUGGUUCUAGAAAUGAUGCCUUCCAUCACCUUCGAUAUCAAAUGUGAAACUGAAGGUGAAGAAGCAAUACAAGAAGGUGACAUAGUCACAAUGCGUGGAUGGGUCACCCUUAACCGUAAGAACCACUUGGUUCGAGCCCUUCCUCAUUGCCCCAAUUACCCUUUCCACAAAGAAGAAAACUUUUGGUUACUAUUAUCAGAUCCUAAUUCCAACAGUGUCUGGAUAUCUCAAAAGGUCAGCUUCAUGGAUGAAUCUGCAGCGUUAAUCGCUGCCCCCAAGGUGAUCCGGGAAUCAAAGGAAUGGGCCGGUGCUAGCCCAAAGGAAUUAAAUUCCGCUGUUAAAGAAGCAGUUGAGAAAGUGAGAAAUGGGUCAAGAUUGGUCAUUGGUCGCUUUUUGGCUCCUGAAGAGGGCACUUAUAAUUUGACUUUGUAUUGCUUGAGUGACUCAUGGCUCGGUUGUGAUACGAAGAUGAGUUUAAAGUUGAAGGUUUUGAAACGGACUCGAGCUGGGACGAGGGGUGGGGUUCAGGUGGAUGAUGGUGCAACAGGCGUUGAGGAUGGGGUUGAAGAGGAAGAGGUUGAAGAAGACGAGUAUGAUGAUGAUGAGAGUGAAUACAGUGACGAUGAUGAAGAUGAUGUUGAACAUGAAGAAACUAAUGAAGACGUGGCCAAUGGCUCUGAUAGUGAUUCGGAUAACAAAGAAGAUUAGAGGUUAGCUUUUAUACUUGCCUUUCCUAUAUUGACUUGAUCUAUUUUGAUCACAAGUUAGAUUUUGUGUCUUAACAAUUCCGAUUUUGUGUGAAAUGAUGUGACAAAUCUUCAAAUUAUAGAAAUAUGUUUUAAGCUUCAAUAAGUAA